GCCCAUUCCCCGGUAGCUGCUGCGGCGGCGGUGGUGGCUGCUGCACAGGGCAUGGUCCCGGGGUCAGAGGGCCCGGCCCGAGCCGGGGGCCUGGUGGCCGAUGUGGUGUUUGUGAUCGAGGGUACGGCCAACCUGGGACCCUACUUCGAGGGGCUUCGCAAGCACUACCUGCUCCCGGCCAUCGAGUAUUUUAAUGGUGGUCCUCCUGCUGAGACGGACUUCGGGGGAGACUAUGGGGGCACCCAGUACAGCCUGGUGGUGUUCAACACGGUGGACUGCGCUCCUGAGUCCUAUGUACAAUGUCACGCUCCCACCAGCAGCGCCUAUGAGUUUGUCACCUGGCUCGAUGGCAUUAAGUUCAUGGGCGGGGGUGGUGAGAGCUGCAGCCUCAUCGCAGAAGGCCUCAGCACCGCCUUGCAGCUGUUUGAUGAUUUCAAGAAGAUGCGGGAGCAGAUUGGCCAGACACACCGAGUCUGCCUCCUCAUCUGCAACUCACCCCCAUACCUGUUGCCUGCUGUUGAGAGUACUACAUAUUCUGGGUACACAACUGAGAGUCUCGUGCAGAAGAUUGGGGAGCGGGGGAUCCAUUUCUCCAUUGUGUCUCCCCGGAAGCUUCCUGCCUUGCGGCUUCUGUUCGAGAAAGCAGCUCCCCCAGCCUUGCUGGAGCCACUGCAGCCACCAGCAGAUGUGAGCCAGGACCCCAGGCACAUGGUGCUGGUGCGGGGGCUUGUCCUGCCUGUCGGGGGUGGCUCGGCCUCAGGCCCCCUCCAGCCAAAGCAGCCGGUCCCCCUGCCUCCCACUGCACCCUCGGGUGCCACUCUCUCAGCAGCCCCCCAGCAGCCGCUACCCCCCGUCCCCCCACAGUACCAGGUCCCUGGGAACUUAAGCGCAGCUCAGGUGGCUGCCCAGAAUGCAGUAGAGGCUGCCAAGAACCAGAAGGCUGGGCUGGGCCCACGCUUUUCACCCAUCAACGCUCUCCAGCAAGCUGCUCCAGGAGUAGGUCCCCCCUUCAGCCAGGCCCCAGCUCCACCACUACCCCCAGGACCCCCUGGUGCCCCAAAGCCGCCUCCUGCUUCCCAGCCCAGCCUGGUCUCCACUGUGGCCACUGGCCCUGGCCUGGCCCCCCCUGCACAGCCAGGGGCAGCAUCUAUGGCAGGCACGGUGGCCCCAGGAGGAGUGAGCGGCCCUUCUCCAGCCCAGCUAGGGGCCCCAGCCCUCAGUGGGCAGCAGUCAGUGACCAACAAACUUCUGGCUUGGAGCGGGGUUCUUGAGUGGCAGGAGAAACCUAAACCUGCUUCAGUGGAUGCCAACACCAAGCUGACACGGUCACUGCCUUGCCAGGUCUAUGUGAAUCAUGGAGAGAACUUGAAGACCGAGCAGUGGCCCCAGAAGCUGAUCAUGCAGCUUAUCCCCCAGCAGCUUCUGACCACCCUGGGCCCUUUGUUCCGGAACUCAAGGAUGGUCCAGUUUCAUUUCACCAACAAGGAUCUGGAGUCUCUAAAAGGCCUCUACCGCAUUAUGGGCAAUGGCUUUGCGGGCUGCGUGCACUUCCCACAUACAGCUCCCUGCGAGGUGCGUGUGCUUAUGCUGCUGUACUCAUCCAAGAAGAAGAUCUUCAUGGGCCUUAUCCCCUAUGAUCAGAGUGGCUUUGUCAAUGGCAUCCGGCAGGUCAUCACCAACCACAAGCAGGUCCAGCAGCAGAAGUUGGAGCAACAGCGAGGGAUGGGGGGACAGCAGGCACCUCCAGGUCUAGGUCCCAUUCUGGAAGACCAACCAAGGCCAUCACAGAAUCUCCUACAACUUCGCCCACCACAGCCCCAGAAUCAGGGCACCGUGGGGGCCUCUGGGGCCACAGGGCAGCCCCAGCCUCAAGGUACUACCCAGCCUCCCCCUGGUGCUCCUCAAGGCCCUCCUGGAGCUGCCCCCGGCCCACCCCCUCCUGGACCCAUCCUUCGGCCCCAGAACCCUGGGGCUAACCCCCAACUGCGAAGCCUCCUGCUCAACCCACCACCGCCCCAGACUGGGGUGCCCCCACCCCAGGCCUCCCUCCACCACCUCCAGCCUCCUGGGGCUCCUGCGCUGCUGCCCCCACCACACCAGGGCCUGGGGCAGCCCCAGCUGGGGCCUCCUCUCCUGCAUCCGCCACCUGCCCAGUCCUGGCCUGCACAGCUUCCCUCUCGGGCUCCACUACCAGUGGCAAAACGAAAGAGAGACGGAGAGGGCCGCGUGUUUCGAGAAAAAUGGGAGCGAGCCUAUUUCUUUGUGGAAGUGAAGAGCAUGCCUACGUGUUUAAUAUGCAAAAAAAUCGUGUCUGUGUUGAAAGAAUACAACCUGAAACGUCAUUACGAAUCAAAGCAUAGUAAGAGCUAUGACCAGUAUACGGAACAGACUCGAGAUGCGAUCCUCAAUGAACUGAAGAAGGGACUGAAAUGUCAAUAGUGUUUGCUUUGGAAAUUGAGUACUAGAAGUGGCAUGGCCAGAGUAUGCCGUGCCAGAGUAACAAGAAAAGAAUUAUCUGGGCAUUAAAACCUACAACAGAUGGCGAAACAUACGACUGUCCCAUUAUUUAAGUCCAAUGGGCGUUUGUGUUGCACAGUGAGUUGAAGAUAAAUCGGAGGAUUUACAAGUCCUGUUGCUUGAAAGAGUCAAAUCUAUUGUGGCCUUUUCUAUCGCUGCUCAUAAACUUAUUACCACCCAGUUAGCUUUAUUUAUUUGUGGUGUUGAGAAUUUUGAUGUGACCGAAGAAGUCUGUGACCUGGUGCCAAGACAGGCCCAAUGCUGGGAAAUGACUUAUUUUUUUUGUAUUGAGAAAAAUUCACAUAGACUGGCAAGAAUUCUUAAGCACAACUGUGGACGGUUGUGGUAAUCACAGGGGACUUGGCAGGACACUUUGAUCCAAGGUGGAAACAUUUGGCAAGGACAUGGGGGUAGGUCAUUGCAUCUAUCACCGGGAGUUGAAUUGUUCUAAGAAAUUAAAUAGAACACAUCAUGGAUUCCCUGGACACUUAUGUCCUGUGCUUUAACCGUGAGCAAGUUAAUGGUGGCUUGACCCUCAGUGUGUUUCACAGAAGCCCUGUGAACUGGUUGUGGAACAUAUCUGAACUGUUGAAGUUAAUCAGCUUGGUUCAUUUUAAAUCAGGCCAAAAAAAGAGCCACACUUGGUUCCCCUGAAUACGUUUACCAAAAACUGGUGGAGGUUACAACCCUUUUGAACACUGAAUAUUUUUCCACAAAGAUGUUCACAAACAGCUACUUGAAUGUAUGAUUAUAUUUGUUCAGUUCUGGCAAAUUGG